AUGGAGGAUGCCUUGGACGAGAUUGAGUUGUACAACGAGGACACACUCACGCUGCCGGCACGCAACUCAGAACAGCAGCAGCCCGCCAGUGGCACGAGGGCCCGCGGCUCAAACUUCUUUUACCGUUACGAGCUCGACAGCGCCUGCCUCACCUUCACUGCGGCGGGCCAGGACGGCGGCAGCUGCAAGAGGGUGGAGAAGGACUCCCUGACCAUGGGCGACCUGUACGCAGGGAUGGGAACCAUGUCGCUUGCGGCGCGCCACUGCGGCUUCAGCGUGCUCUUUGGAGUGGAGGAUGACGCGGCCGCGCGCACCUCGUACCACCUCAACACAAGCCCUGCCAGCUUCAACCCGCUGCCGGCGGCGGCCGGCGGGGAGCCGGUGGUCUGCAAGACCUAUCCAACCACAGUCGAGGGCUUCAACCAGCUCCUGGGCGAGGGUCAUGCCCAGCUACAAGGCCACUUGGGCGGCUGCGUCACAGUCCUGCACGCUACUCCGCCCAGCCUCAAGCUGUCCAGUGCGGGCACUCGGGCUAGGGGCAUCAGACAGGGUUUUGGGGCCACCAUGGAGACUAUUAAGCUGAUCAAGCCCCCAUUCGUCACAGUGGAGGAGGUACCCGAAUUCUAUUCAGCUACCGGCGGGAAGGGGGCCGACGUGGCCGGGGAGCACGCUUGCCUGCACAUGUUUGCGCAGCUGCUGGACGCCGGGUACCAGCUGCGGCCCACGCUGCUCAACACGCUCUACUACGGCCUGCCCCAGUCGCGUUGGUGUGCCAUGCUGUUUGCGGCGCGGGACGGCUUUGAGCUGCCGGCUGCGCCAAAACCGCGCUACCGCACACCCGAAGCAGUGCCCAUGAAGAGCUUGAAGCCCGGGCGCCUGCGUGUGCCUGGCGGCUGGGCACACGCCCUGCUGCCCUCCAAGCACAGCCCGGGCGGCGUCUCCGCCUACGCUACGUGGCUCGCCUCGCCAACACGCUACCCAGGCCAGAGGGCCGUCGAGGCGUUCCCCCUGGAGCGCCACAUCAUGGCCCCCGACAAUGACGUCAUCGAGGACACCUCAAACAGCGUGCUGCCGGACGGCUACUACCCCGCACUGAUUGAGGCCAGUCACACCGGGCGCGCUGGGAAGGGUGCGUGCCUCAACCCGUUUGAGCCGCGCGUGACGACGCUGGAGGAGCGCUGCCGCCUGCAGGGCAUCCCCACAGAUAUGUGA